AUGGUUGCCAACCUCCAGGUUGUGACCAGUAGAUGGUACAGCUGGAUGAAUGAGAAUGUAUUGAUGGUUGCUGUCAUCAGCUGGGGACUUUUGUCUCCAAUGACUGUGAAGGCCUGGACUUACCAGUAUGGGACCAAAUCAGAGCUGACGUGGGAAGAUGCAAGGACGUAUUGCCAGACCUUCUACACUGACUUGGUAGCAAUCCAAAACCAAGAAGAAAUCCAUUACCUCAAUGAACACAUACCCCGCCAUAAAACAUACUACUGGAUUGGGAUCCGGAAGAUUAACAAAGCUUGGACCUGGGUGGGAACCAAUAAAACCCUGACGAAGGAGGCGGAGAAUUGGGCUAAGGGCGAGCCCAACAACAAACGUUCUAACCAGGACUGCGUUGAGAUUUACAUUAAGAGGGAUUUGGAGUCUGGGAAGUGGAAUGAUGAACCUUGUACGAGAAAGAAGCGGGCGCUGUGCUACACAGCAUCUUGUCAGCCUUCCUCCUGCAGUCAGAAUGGCGAGUGUGUGGAGACCAUUGGGAACUAUACCUGCCGCUGUUAUCCUGGCUUCUCUGGGCCUGAGUGUGAAGAUGUCAUCAAGUGCGGGGAGUUUGAUGCUGUCCACAGGCUACUGUCCAUGAACUGCAGUCAUCCUCUGGGAUACUUCAGUUACAAAUCCAGCUGUGUCUUCAGUUGCGAGGAAGGUUUUGAAGUGAGUGGGCCAGACGCCUUGCAGUGCUCGCCUUAUGGGAAUUGGACAGCACAGAUGCCACAGUGUGUAGCUGUACAGUGCCAGCCAUUAAAUACACCUGCCUAUGGUGAGCGCCACUGUUCUUCCAUCCAUGGGGAAUUCCAGUACCAAUCUACUUGUCAUUUUAACUGCACAGAGGGCUUUGUAGUACAUGGAGCAGAGACAAGUGUAUGUGAAGCAUCUGGUGAAUGGACUUCCUCAGAGCCAAUAUGUCAAGUCAAGCAGUGCCAGGACAUUGAAUCUCCUGCAAGAGGAACGAUGGACUGCAUACAUCCACUGGGUGACUUUGCGUACAACUCCACUUGCAGCUUUGCAUGUGAAGCUGGAUUUCAGCUCAGUGGCUCGGAGAUCUUGCAUUGCGAUGCAUCCAGUCAGUGGACAGCCCACAUACCCAUCUGUCACGCUGUUCGGUGCCAGCCCCUGGGGGUCCCCUUUCAUGGAAACUUCACCUGCUCCCAUCUCCAUGGGGAUUUUCAGUAUCAAUCCAGAUGCACCUUCCACUGUACCGAAGGCUUUCAGCUGCUUGGAGAAGAGGUGACUUCAUGCACAGCAACUGGAGAGUGGACAUCUCCUCCACCGGUUUGUCAAGUUAUUGGCUGCCCAAAGUUGGUUACCCCCAGGAAUGGAGAAUUAAACUGCUCUCAUCCGCAUGGAGACUUUGCAUAUAGUUCAGUCUGUGUCUUUUCCUGCGACGUGGGGUUUGUGCGAGUUGGACAGGAAAGGCUUCAGUGCACGGCCCUGGGAACAUGGACAGAGAAACCACCCUCUUGUGAAGCUGUGAAAUGCCGCACUCUGCAAAGCCCUGAGAAAGGGAAAAUGACCUGCUCUCAUCCCAUUGAAGAAUUUUCUUACCAAUCUGCGUGUGAAUUUACCUGUGAACCUGGCUUCUCCUUGGCUGGAACAAAAACAAUGGGCUGCUUGGCAACUGGGAACUGGAGUGACCCAUUACCAACUUGCCAGGUUAUUGGCUGCCCAAAGUUGGAUGCCCCCGAGAAUGGAGGAUUUAAUUGCUCUCAUCUGCACGGAGACUUUGCAUAUAGUUCAGUCUGUGUCUUUUCCUGUGAUAUGGGAUUUGUGCAAGUUGGACAGGAGAGGCUUCAGUGCACAGCCCUGGGAACAUGGACAGAGGAACCGCCCUUUUGUGAAGCCAUCCAGUGCCCAGUUCUGCAUGCGCCAGACAAUGGCCAUUUUAACUGUUCUCAUCCCCAUGAAGAUUUUGCUUAUGGCUCUAGCUGCAGCUUCUUCUGUAAUACUGGUUUCCAGCUUGUUGGAUCAGAUAUGCUGGACUGCAUGGCCGUAGGAAAUUGGACAGAGCAACUGCCAUCUUGCAAAGCUGUUCAGUGCCCUGCUCUGGGAACUCCAGACAACGGCCAAGGAAAUUGCUCUCAUCCACAUGGAUCCUUUGCAUUCAACUCCAGCUGUGUCUUCUCCUGUGACUCUGGUUUUGAGUUAGUUGGCUCAGAGAUGCUCCAGUGCAUGGCUGGAGGAAACUGGACAAGGGAUAUGCCCAUCUGUGAAGCUGUAUCAUGUCCCCAGCUGUGGAAUCAGGAACAUAUGGAGAUCAACUGUUCCCAUCCCUGGGACACCUUCCGCUAUAGUUCAACAUGUCACUUCCACUGUGCCGGUGGAUAUCUCCUCAAUGGAACGAGCAAGAUAGAGUGCCAGCCGGAUGGCCAUUGGUCUGCUGAGAUGCCAGUUUGCCAAGAAAACAUUGCUCCUUUUCUCAAGCAAGUUCUGCUCUACACCGGUGGAGUCACAGCAUCUGUUAUUGGCCUGCUGGUAUCCGGAAUGCUAAUAGUUCUAGUAAUGCGACAUCUCAGCAAAAAAGAUGAAAAAAACAAGCUCUUGAAUUCCACCAGUGAUUUGGGAGCCCCUGGAGUCUUUUCCAAUGUAGCAUUUGAUUCCUUUUCCUAA